GUUUCGACCUGAACGUUGUGAGCAACCGCAACGAUGGCCCCCCAGUCGUCGUCGUCAGCGACGACCUCGGUCCAAGUUGCCCUUCGUAUAAGGCCGACGACAGCUCAAGAUAGUACUAAUAUUCCCGCUCGUUUCCAACGCUCGGUCCUUCAUGCGACCUCCGUCAACUCUGUCUCUGUAGAAGGCACGUCGAGCGCGCCGCCUAAUGCGGGUACAUCACCUGUUGCCUCUGUGGCUUCGUCUAGCGCGGCGUCGAAGAAGCAGGUUUUCUCCUUUGAUCAGGUUCACGGUCCUUCCACAACGCAGCACGCCAUGUUCACCUCCACCGCGCAUCCUCUAAUCACUCGUUUCAUCGAAGGCUUCAAUUGCACUAUUCUCGCAUACGGACAGACAAGCAGCGGGAAAACGUUUACCAUGACUGGCAUGGAUCUGGAUGCCGACCCCUCUGAUCCUGGCAACGGCAUGGGUAUCAUCCCGAGGGCUGUUUCAACGAUUUUUUCGCGUGCAAGACAACUCAAAGAUGAGCGUGGUACUGCUUGGAAUUACAGCAUCAAGGGAUCCUUCAUAGAAAUCUACAACGAAGAUCUCAUUGAUUUGCUCAGUAUGGAUGAUACGGCUGGUGGUAGGCGAGAGGUGCAGAUUCGCGAAGACAAAGAUGGUCACAUUAUUUGGGGCGGGCUUCGUGAGGUGAACGUGAAAAACUCGGGCGAGGUCAUGAAUCUUAUUCGGAAAGGGACGUCAAUUAGACGGACCAAUGAAACCGAAAUGAAUGCCCAGUCGUCCCGUUCUCAUGCCAUCUUCUCCCUUACUCUCACUCAGAAAAAGUAUACCGGCUCUGGAGCCCCACCACGUUCUCCCUCUCCUUUACCCCCGGGCGGCCGUUCACCUUCACGCCUAGUUCGUCCGGGGUCUGUAUAUUCAUCAAACCCCAGCAGUUCAAGGGUCGCUUCUCCAACUUUUGGUCGCCCAUCAACUCCAAGCUUCGCAGCUGCAAUGGGACGGGGUGGUGGCCUCCGACCUGCCAGCGCUCUUGGACAUGCGGCAGACCGAGCAAUGAUUCCCCAUGAUGACGAAGCUGGAGAAUGGGUUACUAUCGUGUCCAAAUUCCAUUUCGUCGAUUUAGCGGGUUCUGAACGACUUAAGAGGACAGCUGCCGCGGGCGAGCGCAUUAAAGAGGGCAUUUCUAUUAACAGUGGUCUUCUGGCGCUCGGAAAUGUCAUCUCGGCGCUUGGCGACCCUUCUCGUGUCAAAUCGCAUACGGCAUCUCACGUUCCUUAUCGUGACUCCAAACUUACUCGACUUCUACAAGACUCGCUCGGUGGUAAUGCUCAUACGCUGAUGAUUGCAUGUGUCAGCGCAGCCGAGUAUAACGUCGGCGAGACUAUCAAUACCCUCAAGUACGCCAAUCGCGCUCGCAAUAUUAAGAAUAGAGCGGUAGUCAAUGAGAAGGAGGAUGGAUGGGAUGACAUUGAAUGGCUUCAGGGUACGGUCACUCGCCUACGGAGAGAGCUGAAAGCUAUCAAGGAAGGUGGCAGCAAUGGCAGCGUCGAAAUUGGUGGUCCUGAGGCGCUGGAAGGUGCUGGCAGGAAGGUCCUCGCUCAGAUGACAGAGCUCCAGAACAACUACGAAGAUCUCAGGGGAAAGUUUGUUGAGCGUACCGAGGAGCUGACGAGACUGAGGCGGGAACUUGGGGAGAAACACCGGGGUAGCAGUGCAGGCGCGAUUGGGGGCACCGCUAAAUAUGAGGAGAUAGUGGGCCCCGUCAUCGAGGAGUACGAGAAGACUAUUGCGGCUAUGGAAGCAGAGCUAAAUCUCAAUCGAGCUGCGUUGAGACAUACCAAUGAAAUGGUCGAGGAGAAGGAGGUGGAGUUGUCGGCUGUGACGGAGAGGCAUGCUGCUACCGAGUUGUAUGUGGAGGAGCUUAGGGCUCGUGUUGCAAAGCUGACAGAAAGAGAAGCUUCUACGGAGGCGUAUGUUCGCGACCUGGAGGAGAAAAUGAAGGCUUAUGAUGAAACAUCCAUCACUUCGAGCGAGUCAAUGACAGACUUGAAGCGCGAAGUUGCUCGGUUCAAGGACUCCGAAUCCUACUCAACCAAAUACAUUGCUGAUCUGGAAGCACGUUUCGCGCGCUCAGAUGAGUCGAUUCUAGCCCUUCAGCAAACGGUCGAAAAUUUAGAGCGAGAAGUCGAACGGCGCAGAGACGAAGUUGAGUCGUUGCAAUCUCGGCUGCAGGUCAUACGUCAAGACGGAGAGGCCUGGCGCAAUGACUUGGAGGACAGAGAGCGAAAGGUACGAGAGCUGGAGAUGAAGAUGCAAGAAUGGGAAAGGAAAAAGAAGGAUGCUGGAGAUACCAGAGUGAGACUGGGAAGUGUAGUUGACGAAGUUGCACUCGCCCGACGUAGUCUUGACAUCGACCUCAAGAAUGCUGCGCCGUCUCUUCAAGUUAAUGGUGAAUUUGAAGAGAUUCCGGACCAUGUGAGCGGCACAUCUCUGGCAGCGCUUGAGGCAUCCCCUUCCUCUUCGGCCCCUGUAACGCCCGCAGAAACCGAUCAAUCCCUUCAUCAUCAGUUCAUCGCACUGCAGCAGACUCACACGGCGACUCUCGCCGACCUUUCAUCAGUGACCGCCAAGUACCGAGAUGCUUUGCGUGAGAUUUCGGACCUCGCCGCGCAAAUCCAGGAAGCAAAACUCAGCAACUCCGUGUCAAGUGAAUCGUUCGGUGAUUCUCCCACCACAACCGAUAAAUCCAUGGAACUGUCCCCUAUGAGGAGGCGUAUUGGCAGUCGAACAAGAGAGGCAAACGAGCCUCAGUACAAUGCUGCCGGCAGACGGCUUUUUUUCAGGCAGGCGGCCUCGGCAGAAUCGCUCCACUCGAGGUCGCUUUCGCAAUCGCAAUCGCUUUCACAGGAGCUCUCCUCGGUUCACUCGCGCAAAACCUCUUUUUCAAGUCUUAGCUCGCAUUCACAUUCUCGAUCCAAUUCAAAUUCGACUUCCACCUUGAAUUCUUUGCUGCAGAGUUCUAGACCGAAUCUCUCUAUAUCUGUGCCCGCCGGUGUCCCAAAUCAUGCGGAACGGUCUGUGUCGAGUCUUGAAAUGGAAAUCAUGCGCUUGCAGGACGUUUUGAAGGAGCGGGAGGCUGAAAUUUCGGCGCUUGAGAAUUCUCUGAAGCAGAGUCGGGAUGAUCAAAGCGCAGCAUCGUCCCCGGCCCUAGCUACACCUGCGGAUGAUGUUCCUGAGACCUUACCGACGAAGGUCAACGGUACCACUUCUCCCGUCCAUCUCUCGCCAAAAACGAUGGGUCAUUUUGACCACAUACGCAGGAGCAUGGAGAACGCGAGCGGACACUCUAUCGAGGACCUUCAAGACUCAGAGUCUGAGAAGAAUGGCUCGUCCGUUAUCUCGGAGGCCGACGAAUCGUUGGAACGCCUGAAUGAGUUGAUGUUGUCUAUGGCGCAAAAGGAAUCCCAUCAUCGAGAGGUGGUCGACACCUUGAAUGAACAGCUGGCUCAGUUGAGGCGGCAGCACGAUGAACUUACAACGUUGUCAAGGGACCAGGCCUUGAACAUGUCUUCUGAGAUUGAAAACCUCCGAUCGCAAUAUGACCAGGAUCUUCGAAUGCUUGACGAGGUGCAGAGACGCGAAGCGGAACUCUCAGCAACUCUGGGGCAAACCAUCGCUGAUCACGCUACCGCUAUAGAGGAGAUACGAGUUCAACAUGCUGAGGCUUUGAAGGCUAAGCAAGCUGAAGUUGAUGAUCUGCUUUCUCGUUUCAACUCCGAGAACCAAACACCCUCCUCAUCUUUCCGCAAUGAACUUGCCGCGGCUUCUGCUACGCUUGAACAGGUACAUCGGGAUCACGAGGCUGCCUUCGGCAAACUCAAGGAGGAGUACGACCAAGAGCUUCGGUCUUGCCUACAGGGAGCCAACACUAUUCUAUCGCAGACCAAGGACGAGCAUGAGGUUGCAAUUCGUAAGAUUGUAGCUGAACACGAAGAAAUGCUCAAGCGAAACGAGGCCGAGUCGUCUUCUGUUCUUCAUAAAACUGAGGAGGACUAUUAUAAUGUCCUAACAAAGCUGCGCGGAGAUCAUGCAGCAGCUAUGGAGAAGCAAUCUGUGGAUGCGGCAGCUACUCUGGAGCGUUUGAAGGAGGCGCAUGUGGGGCAACUUCGGAUGGCUGAAAUUGCCCGGCAAGGAUCACUUUCCGAAUCCCAGUCUUCUCGUGCAACCGCGCUACAGGAACUUCAGGACGAGCAUUCUGUAGCCAUGGCUAGGAAGCAGUCUUCAUUUGCAGAGGAGCUGGAGUUGUUGAAAUCAGAACAUUCUCGGGUGCUCGUCACGCAGGAAGAAGACUAUCAAUUGCAGAUGGAUAAGAUUCGCUCUGAACAGGGAGGCGUUAUCAUGAAAUUGAAGGAAGGGUGGCGGGUGGAGAGUGAGCGUCUGAACUCUGCUAUCAUCGCAAUUAAGAUGGAAGCCGCAUCAUCAGCGUCGGUUGCGGCUGCAAAGGCGUCGGCUGAAUUGGAUGCUGCCGUCACCUUGGUGAAAGAGCAGCAGGCGAUGGUGCUGCAGGAAUUCGAGCGCGGUCACGAGGCCGAGAUCUUACGUCGCAACGAAGCUCAUUCCUCAGCGUUCGAAGGUCUCGAGGCACAGGCUGCUGAUAAGCACGCUGUUGUUGUCCAAUCCCACAUGGAAGAGAUCCUCAAGCUCAAGUCCGAUCAUCAACAAUCUGUUGCCGAACUCAACGCGAGCAUUGUUGCCCUUGAGGAGUAUCAUAAGGCUGCUCUCGAAGACGCCAGAGUCCGUAGCGAGCAAGAACUGGCGGAGGAGAGGGAGCUAUUAGCUGCAACUCUCGACGACCUCAAGGUGCAACACGACGCAGAACGAGAUAUUUUACGCAAAGAUCAUGACUUGCUUGUGGAGGAGCUUGAGGCACACAAAGUCGCUGCGGAUGAGUUCUCACUACUCCGUGAAGAAUCUAGAGAGAUCCACGAGCACGCCAUGCAGGAGAAGGCGGCGGUUAUCCACGAGAUGCAACACCAGAUGUCGAUCUAUCAGGAUGAGCGCGACGAGCUUGCUGGGGCUGUCGCCAAGCUUCGGGCCGAACUUGACAAAACAAAAAGCGAACAGUCGAAGCUUAUUCAAGAGGCCUCAAAACGCGAAUCACUUGUGGGUGAACUGGAGCGACAUCGUUCCGUACUUGCUGAGAUGCAAGAGAACUUACAGAAGGUCAAGGAUGAAAAGGACACACUCCAAGUCGAGAAAAACCGUUCCGAAACUCUUCUACGCGAACUGCAAGCUCAGCUGGCUCGAAGCGGAUCACCUCCUAAUGCCCGACCUACCACGGACCGCAGUGUAUCGUACAACAGGGCUAAUGGCCUUCCUCCUAUGAAGCUACCUCCUCCUACGCCUCCGCCAUCAGUCCCUCCCCCUCCUGCUCCUCGUUCACACGAUGUUGUCGGUAGCGUUUCUUCACAAGCAUCUUCCGCCAUUACUUCAUCAUCAUCAUCAUCCCGAGAGUCGCAGCUAGAUUCCCCGUCAACUUCCAUCGGUCAAGGUUCUGUCAAUAAUAUUGGGCCGACGAACGCGAAAUUGGAGCAACAAGCCAAGCUGAUCGAUGAGCAGGAGGCGAUGAUCAAGACGUUGAAUAAGCAGCUCACACACUGUGAAAGCGACUUGCAGACGCACAUGGAUCUAGUCAGCACGCUGGAAACUUCUCUCGGCGAUUCAGAGAAAAACCUCCGCAAGGCCCGGAUGCAUGCCACGGAAUUAGCCCGAGAACGAGACACGCUUAAUACCAAACUAGACGGUCUCCGCAGUGAACUUACGGAGGCCAAGCGAGAGGUUAUUAACGUUCGCAGGUCAAUAGUGGAAGAGAAACAGUCGUACGAACAGCGAUUAGAUGAAGAACGAAAAGCGAAGGAACGAGCGCGUCAACAACUAGAUUCACGAAUGGAUGAGCUAACAUCGAAACGUAAAUCCAAGUUUGCUUGUCUGUGAUUGUUCCUUUCUGUUCCUUUCGCCAUGCCAUCCUUUUUCCUCUGCACGCAUUCAUUUACGGCUUACUCAUGUCCAUUGUCCACUCAUUCGUAACCUUAUUCGUUAUCGCUCGCUCUCCUCACUAGGUUACCUGCUUGGGAUACCCACAGUUACAGUGUUUUACUUAGCUAUUUCCAUAUGUUUUUCUUAUACCUCCUCGUUCCCGUAUAUGUAGGGUAUAUAUGUUACACGU